UAGAAAGGUCAAAUGAUAUACAGAAGAACGUGCGAUAGUGUGAGUGUUUUCACCAUGAAUUUAAGAUUGUACAUGUCUUUACUCUGUUGUUUAGAUGAUCUUCCGAGGAUCUCGGAUAACCCAAGGUGGACUGCAGAUUCGGACCAGCUGGCACUUGACUUGCGGACCUCACCAUGUCCGACUGAAGAAACCGUUCUCGAUUGAUAAGACUACACAACGUACUGAAGCUGAACUGUCAAUCCACAAGCUGCUUUACACCAGUAAUUUACUCUCAGCAAACUAUUCUCAGCUCAAGUUGUCUUGCCUGAUCGACUAUUCGUCUGUCUGCUGUCGGUAUGAAGGAGUCUUCUCUGAGCCCAAUGAUAGUAAUUGGCAUUCCCAAAGUAGGGAUAGUUACUGGGAAGACUUGGCUGAGUCAACCAAAGUCAGUUGAGACGACCUCACAAAUUCCUAUCUCAGUGGAUUUGUGGAAUAUAUAUUUUACAGGUAUGCAGAUAAUUUCAGGAUAUGACAUUACAUAAUUUGCAAGAAACUAUGUAAUUGGAUUAAAAUCAGAAACGACAGAAUCAGCCAUAGGUUACAUUACAACUUCAGCAGAUACCAAUAAUGAUUGGCCAAACAAUUGAACAUAUAGAUUCGUAUAAAAUUUAGUAUCUGAGCGCAUUUGUACAUAUGAACUAUAUCAUAGGUAAAAUAUCCAUCACAAAAUGCUUUUAAAAAGUGGCUUUUUAA